CGGCGUGUUCUUUCGUGGCGGUUCUCGCCAUUUUUUGCUCUAGAUCGGCGGGUCUCUUUCAGACGCCGCCGCCAUGUGUGGGAGACGGAGAUGGCAGUAGCCCAGAUGGCGGCGUCCGCCAAGGACGUCUCAACGUUCCUUGGCCGGUAAGUAAUAGGAAUUUGGAGAGGAGAAGAGCACGUUUCACCACAUUUCCUAGCGACGAGAGGCAUUGGAGUGUUCUCUUGGGAGAAGAGAGUUUAAGACAGACCACUUUGUGGAGUUUCGUCCCUCCUGGUCCAGAAGGUAUUAUUUUUCCUUCAACUAGUGCUCACUCCGAGCUUAUCUUGUCUAUUUGGGCCUCGGAGAUUUUAGGGCACAGCUGCAGUUUUCACCCGGCUCUACACGACUUGACCUUGGAUGAACGGGCUUAUGCAGACUACGUGAUGUCACACCCCAAGAUGAAUCUUCUUCCGGAAAAGGAUAGCUAUGAAACUUACUUGAAGCUGCGGGAGAAGAAGAAAGCAUCCGGCAAGGGCAAGAAGGGUGGUUCGGGUAGUGAGCCCGUUAGUGAGUCCGAUGUCCAAGUAGUCGAACCGUCAGGGCGGUCAAAGAGGAAGAAGAAAGCAACGCCUUUUGAGGUCCUGGACUACUCCGAUGGCUCUAUCCAUCUCACACUUCCUAGUGGGACUUCAGCCCAGACCGACUAUGAUUCGUGUGCGGAUCAUUUUGAGCGUCUGUUGCUAGAGGACGACCGCACUAGGAUGUUGAAGGUUGGAGUGGUUGAUUCUGCCAGCACUGCCGCCCGUCUUGCGUUUCAGGGCUAUCAGUAUACUCUGUUCAUGAAGGAACAGCUGGUAGAGACGGCUGACCAGCUCAAGGUGGCUCUGAGAGAGCAAGACGCCCUUCGGAAGGAACUCGAGGAAGUGAAGGGUCGUUAUGAAACGGCAGAGAAGGAGCUGAGGGAUGAGCUAUCCUUGAAGAGUCACCUGAUUUCUACCCUUCAGUCUCAGAUAGGGCAAUUGGAGGCGACUUUGAAGGUCCGAGAGGAGGAACUUCAGUUUAGCCAUCUUGAGACGGUCAUUCUUACCCGUGGUGAGAUGAUGAAGGAGUUCAAGGAAGGGAAUGCGGGUUCCUGGGACGUAGAGAAGGGCAUACGUGAGAUGGAGGAUGUGCUACGUGACAGGGCUGAAGGAGUGGGAGUGGUUGAUGCCACUACUGACGGCGAGGGCGACGGGGGCGAUGACUAGACUUAUUUGUAGUUGAAACUUCUUCAAACACUUUCUAUUUGGUUAUGUAAUAGUAAUUAGGAUCUUCGAACUUGACAUUAUUUACUUUUCUCCCCUAGUUUGAGUCUAGUCUCUUUUGGCUAGACUUGGACUUGGUAUUUGUAGGACAUAUCAUUUUCCGGUAUAUCCGGCCCGAUCAGGGGGUUCACUCUUUGAUGCUUUAUCCGAUAUA